AAACCGGCCGGCUAAUGGCCUACGUGUAGGUAUAAGACGCAGAAACAGUCGAAUUCACCAGAAGGUACAGUUUCAAACUAGACUCAGUUUGUCGUACACGUCCAAACGAUUCAGAUUGUUCUGUUGUGGGGUCUAAAGAAUAAAUCUUAUUGGAGAAGGUACUUUUUUGUGCAAUUGAAACAUAGGAAGUUUUAGCAGUGAGGUGGAAGCUGUACAAUAGUUAGAAAAAAAAACUGUGUCCUCUAUUAGCCGACGAGCUUGCAUUCACCCACCCACACCAACGUCACCUAUAGCACGACACGAUCAUGUCUGCCGACCGCCCGCUGGACGUGGUCAUUUUCGGUGCAACCGGUUUCACCGGCAAGUACACCAUCUACGAGGGAAUCAAACUGCUGGAGGGUCUCAAGUGGGGCGUCGCCGGCCGGAACAAGGAAAAACUAGCCCAGGUGCUGAAAGAGAUUGGCCAGAAGGCCGACAAAGAUCUCUCGGAGACGCCGAUGGUGAUUGCCGAUGUGAAAGAUGCUGAAUCGCUGAAGAAAUU